AAGCCCACUUCCAGCAUGGCAUUUGGGCGAAACCCACUUUUUGAGGAUGGCACAAUAUCAAUUUUCUCCUCUCUCAAGCCCCUCCGCCGUCCCCUCUUGCGUUUUGGCCGUCUCGUCUCCGCUCCUCGCGCCCUGCGCCGAUCUCCAUCCCGCGAGCAGAUCAGGGUCGGCGAUCUCCAUCUCGCGAGCAGAGGGGGACGCCGCCGUUGUCCCUGCUGCUGCUUCCGCCACAUCCCGCAUUUUGAGCAAUUAAGGAGGUGUCAACAUUCAGUACAAGAAAUGGUAUGCUAUGAUUCUCCUAUUUUAACGACUUACAUAAGGGAUGAAGAUACAAGACUUGAGACCACUCGGGCGAGGCUGUCGAAUGUUCUCAAAAGGCAUGAAGAUUUGAAAGAGCGCCUCUCACGGGAUUCUGAUAAACUGAUUUUUGAGCGGCUACAGAGAGAAUUUGAGGCUGCACGAACUGCCCAAACUGAAGAGAUCCCAAUAGAUGAUGAGCAGUGGAACGAUGGUUUGCUGGCAACCAUCCGUGAAAAGGUCCAUAUGGAGGCUGAUAGGAAGGCCAUGGCUAACCAAGCAAAUGUUCCAGCAGAUCCUCAAUUCCAGUCAAGGACUACAUAUAGAGUAAAAAACAAGGUUAUCUAUUGUUUGGAUGGUGCGAGAAUUGGUAUACAGUAUGAGACUUAUUUUGCUGGAGAACCUUGUGAAAUUUAUCAUUGUGUUUUGGAAAGCAAGUCAUUCCUUGAAAAGAUGACUGUGAUUGAGCACACCUUACCUUUCUUUCUGCCAAUACGAGAAGUAGAAAGUGAAUUUCUAUCAUCUAAUGCUAUUAAAUUUAUUGAUCAUCUUGAAGAGAUUUUGCAGUCUUAUGUUGACAGGAGGGAGCAGGUUCGGCUUAUCAAGGAACUAUAUGGGAACCAAAUUGGAGAACUGUUCCACAGUCUCUCUUACAAUUUGAUAGAAUUUGUAAUGGAGGAUUUUGAGUGCAAGGUUACAGUCAGUAUCCGAUACUCAGAUCUAUUGUUCACCCUGCCAAGUCAGGCCAGGGUCCUGGCUUGGCCACUUCGCUCUUCGCGGGGAAUAUCAGUAACUGAGCGCAGAGCUAGUCGCUCAGCAUCUGCUCAACUAGUACCGUUCCGCCUUCCCUACGCCGAGGAUGCGCUGAAGACCUUGAGUUUGCCAGAAGCGUUUGCGGAGAUUGUGCUGAGCCUACCCCGUGCUCUGAAGCGGAUACUCUCUUCUCAGGAAAGUGAUUGAUGCGUGUACUAGGAGUUUUUGGUAAUGAGACUCAUGGACGCAGAAGCUUUCGGUGCUAUAUGCAGAGUAUUCGGUGACCUUACUGACGAGAUACAAAAUGUUCGGCAGUAUUGUUUAGAAUAUUGUAGUGUACAGUUGUUACUGUCUAGAAAAUGCGAUUGCUGCGAAGCCAGUUGGAUAACAAGAAACACUGCUUUCAACCAUCCAUGUAAUAUUCGUGCACAGCAAGCACGGAAGCAGAUUUCAUACCAUGACAGGAGUAUUGUAUGUGAAGUACCAACAUGCAGGGUUCAUAAAGCCAACGAAAGGCGAUCGGUUUUCACGGUUUUU